AGGAGUGUGGGCCCAGAACCGUGUCUACGCGGGAAACCUUUAACCCGGAAAGUUAUGAAUUGGACAAAAGCUUCCGGCUAACCAGAUUCACUGAACUAAAGGGCACGGGAUGCAAAGUGCCUCAAGAUGUCCUGCAGAAGCUAUUGGAAUCCUUCCAAGAGAACCACUUCCAAGAAGAUGAGCAGUUUCUGGGAGCUGUUAUGCCAAGACUUGGCAUUGGAAUGGAUACUUGCGUCAUUCCUUUGAGGCACGGUGGUCUUUCCUUAGUUCAAACUACAGAUUACAUUUAUCCUAUUGUAGACGACCCUUACAUGAUGGGUAGGAUAGCAUGUGCCAAUGUCCUCAGUGACCUGUAUGCAAUGGGGGUUACAGAAUGUGACAAUAUGCUGAUGCUCCUGGGAGUCAGUAAUAAAAUGACUGACAGGGAAAGGGAUAAAGUGAUGCCCCUAAUUAUACAGGGUUUUAAAGAUGCAGCAGAGGAAGCCGGAACAUCUGUAACAGGUGGCCAAACAGUAUUAAACCCCUGGAUUGUCCUGGGUGGAGUCGCUACAACAGUCUGCCAACCCAAUGAAUUUAUCAUGCCAGAUAAUGCAGUACCUGGAGAUGUGCUUGUGUUAACAAAACCCCUCGGUACGCAAGUGGCUGUUGCUGUACACCAGUGGCUAGAUAUUCCUGAGAAAUGGAAUAAAAUUAAGCUAGUGGUCACCCAAGAAGACGUCGAGUUGGCAUACCAAGAAGCCAUGAUGAACAUGGCGCGGCUCAACAGAACAGCUGCAGGACUUAUGCACACAUUCAACGCCCAUGCGGCCACUGACAUUAUGGGUUUCGGGAUUUUGGGCCAUGCACAGAACCUGGCCAAGCAACAGAGGAACGAGGUAUCAUUUGUGAUUCACAACCUUCCUGUGCUAGCAAAGAUGGCUGCUGUGAGCAAGGCCUGUGGAAAUAUGUUUGGCCUCAUGCAUGGGACCUGCCUGGAGACAUCAGGAGGCCUGCUAAUCUGUUUACCACGUGAGCAAGCGGCUCGGUUCUGUGCAGAGAUAAAGUCCCCAAAAUAUGGCGAAGGUCACCAAGCAUGGAUUAUUGGGAUUGUAGAGAAGGGCAACCAUACAGCCAGAAUCAUAGACAAGCCCCGGAUCAUUGAAGUUGCACCACAAGUGGCCACUCAAAACGUGAAUCCCACACCUGGUGCUACCUCUUAAUCUAAAUAGAGAUAGCCAUUUGGUUUUGUUUUAAAUAGAUAUAUUUCCUUUACCAUAACUUCAAUUAAAGACUACAGUAUAAGCAGCAACAAAAAUCUCAUUGUGUCUACACAUCUGGUGACCUUAGGUCGGUUUGUGAGUGGAUACAAUUAAUAAAAUGAAAUCCAUGGCCUUCUUUCCCUGUUACAUUACCUGAAGAUGCACCUGAUCUUGAGGCAGCUUCUGAGUUGAGGAUUAUAUUGUUAUUCAAUACUGUUGAUUCAUUUUGAAUCUUAGACACGUAUCUCUUGCCGCAUAGGCUCUUCCUAAAGGUGCUUUC